GGUCUUUGAGUAAUUGAGUUGUCGCUCUAUACGACUAUCAAGGGACAACUCGCAUCACUUUUCUUUAUUUCAUUGUAAAAAAUAGACGAACAAAACUUUCUCCACUUAAAAUCUCCAGAAUGUUCUUUUAAGAUAUGAUUCAAGUCUGAAGCAAUCUUCUGCUACGCUCUCUGAUCUGGGUUUUUCUUAAGUUGGGUUUGAACUUCAAUUUUACCCUAAAGAGUAAAUGGCUACGCUAGCAGAUAUCGGACUUUCGGCAGCCAUUAAUAUCAUUACUGCUUUUAUUUUCCUGAUUGCUUUUGCUAUCCUUCGUCUUCAACCUUUCAACGAUCGAGUAUACUUUCCAAAAUGGUAUCUCAAGGGUUUAAGAUCAAGCCCUGCAACUUCUGGUGCUUUUGUAACCAAGUUUAUCAAUUUGGAUUAUCGGUCGUAUCUGAAAUUCCUUAAUUGGAUGCCGGAUGCCCUAAAAAUGCCUGAGCCUGAGCUAAUUGAUCAUGCUGGUUUGGAUUCCGCGGUGUAUUUGAGGAUUUACUUGCUCGGGUUAAAGAUAUUUAUUCCAAUACUUGUACUUACAUGGGCAAUUUUGGUGCCUGUUAAUUGGACAAAUGACACACUCGAUAAGCUAAAAGGGGAAGCAACUUAUAGUGAGAUCGAUAAGCUUUCUAUAUCAAACAUUCCUCAAGGCUCUCACAGAUUUUGGACUCAUGUGAUAAUGGCAUACGCUGUUACAUUUUGGACAUGCUUUGCGUUAAAGAAAGAGUAUGAGACAGUUGCAAAUAUGCGGUUGCAUUUUCUUCAAUCAGAAAAACGUCGUCCUGAUCAAUUUACAGUUCUUGUGAAAAACGUGCCACCAGAUGCUGAUGAAUCCGUGAGUGAGGCUGUGGAGCAUUUCUUUCUAGUCAAUCAUCCUGAUAACUAUCUUACUCAUCAGGUUGUGUUAAAUGCAAACAAGCUUGCAAAAUUGGUUGAAGAGAAGAAAAGUAAACAAAACUGGCUUGACUAUUAUCAGAAUAAGUUUGAAAGAAAUCAAGCAAAACGACCCAUAAUGAAGACUGGUUUUCUUGGACUUUGGGGAGAGAAAGUGGAUGCUAUACAACAUCACAUAUCUGAAAUUGAAAGGCUCUCAAAUGAAAUAGCUGAUGAGAAAGAAGAUGUUGUAAAUAACCCUAAAGCAAUCAUGCCAGCAGCUUUUGUGUCGUUCAAAACCCGUUGGGGGGCUGCGGUUUGUGCUCAAACACAACAGGCCCGAAACCCGACCCUGUGGUUGACUGAGUGGGCCCCAGAACCGCGUGAUGUUUAUUGGAAAAACCUCGCGAUUCCAUACGUCUCAUUGACUAUCCGGAAGCUUCUAAUGGCAGUCGCCUUCUUUUUCCUCACCUUCUUUUUCAUAAUUCCUAUUGCUUUUGUGCAAUCGCUUGCAAACAUUGAAGGUAUUGAGAAGGCUGCGCCUUUUUUAAAGCCACUUAUUGAAGUGAAGACAAUCAAGUCAUUUAUCCAAGGUUUUCUACCCGGGAUUGCUUUAAAGAUCUUCCUCAUACUUUUACCUACAAUUUUGAUGAUAAUGUCAAAAUUUGAAGGGUUUUUGAGUAUAUCACUUCUAGAAAGAAGAUCUGCAUCAAGAUAUUACCUUUUCAACUUUGUCAACGUGUUUCUUGGGAGUGUGAUUGCAGGGACUGUAUUAGAACAACUAAAUACGUUUCUAGAUCAGUCUGUGAAUAAGAUCCCUGAGACAAUUGGAGUAGCGAUCCCAAUGAAAGCAACUUUUUUUAUAACAUAUAUAAUGGUCGAUGGUUGGAGUGGAACUGCAGGAGAGAUUUUGAGGUUAAAACCGCUGAUAAUUUAUCAUUUGAAGAACUUUUUCUUGGUUAAAACUGAAAAAGAUCGAGAAGAAGCCAUGGAUCCUGGAAGCAUUGGUUUCAACACUGGGGAACCUCAGAUUCAAUUAUAUUUUCUAAUCGGUCUUAUUUAUGCUGUUGUCACUCCGCUUCUGACUCCUUUCAUCCUCGUUUUCUUUGCCCUAGCGUAUGUUGUUUAUCGUCAUCAGAUUAUAAAUGUUUACAACCAAGAAUACGAAAGCAGUGCAGCAUUUUGGCCAGAUGUCCAUGGAAGGGUAGUUUCGGCAUUGGUAAUUUCGCAGUUGCUUUUGAUGGGAUUGUUGAGCACAAAAGAAGCGGCUUCAUCAACUCCAUUCCUUCUUGCACUUCCGAUUCUCACAAUUGGAUUCCAUAUGUAUUGUAAAGGUCGCUUUGAACCUGCGUUUGUCAGAUACCCCUUACAGGAAGCCAUGAUGAAAGACACUCUUGAAAGAGCAAGAGAACCCAACUUGAACCUAAAAGGGUACCUUCAGAAUGCAUACGUCCCUCCCAUUUUCAAAGAAGCUGAUUCCGAUUCCGAUUCCAAUUCUGAUUCCGAUGAUGAAACGAAUGAUCAGAAAUGGCAGAAGGACAACGUGUUGGUACCCACCAAAAGACAGUCUAGGAAAAAUACGCCCGUGCCUAGCAAAAUGAGUGCGGGCUCAUCACCAAACCUACCCGAGAUUCGAGAAAAGGAUAAGCCAUAAGUAUUUUUUAUUUGGAGGGGUAGGUUGUUUUCAAGGGUAAUAUUGUAAAUUUUACUUGAGAGCAGAUAUUAUUUAUGUGCUACUUGUGUAUAGUAAGAGAGAUUUUUUUCAAGAAAUGCAACCAAUGGAUGGAUGGAUGGUAGAGCUUUUGCAUUGGAGUAAGGAGGUGGUACAGAAUGGUUGUAAAUUGACUAAUAUAACCUUUUGUUCAAGUUUUUAAUUUAAGAAAAAAACGAUUUACCAAAC